AUGACACGUGAAAAUAGUUGCAAUUCGAACGAUGGUAUAACCGAUCUUCGUUACCAAACAAACGAUAAAAGUUGCAGCGAAGAUGAAGAUACUGCGAGUCCCGUACAGGGUCCCACGACUCCCGGAAGUACCGGAAGUGCAAAUAACGACGGUGCGGAUUCAAUAAAUAAAAAAAAAUUAAGGAGAAAUAGAACGACGUUUACGACGUAUCAAUUACACGAAUUAGAAAGAGCUUUUGAAAAAUCUCAUUAUCCGGAUGUUUAUUCGAGAGAAGAAUUAGCCAUGAAGGUCAAUUUACCGGAAGUACGAGUACAGAGUGAGAGAGAAAGAACAUUUUCUGUUUUUUUUUUUAACUUGUCAUCAAAAUUAUUGUCGUGGAAAUUGUGA